AUGGCCGACAGAAUCCUAGCCAAUCGAGACGAGUUUUUGAGAACGCAAACUAUCGAACACGAUGCGCCAGUGCCCAAGGAAAUCCCUCAGGAAGAACUGAUGCGCAGAAUGCCAAGACCUCUAAGACACGUCAAAUACAUUCCGGUCAAGAAUCUAGUGUAUUUCUCCAAGAACAACCCUCCAGCAUUCUCCUACGAGACCAAGAUCAAAAUCCCACUUGCAAAGGACAAAUUGGUGGUCCAGGUCCGAAACGCAGGCCUCAACCCCGUGGAUCUCAAGAUCAUGAAUAGUUACACCCGUAACAUGAAUCGUGGUGUCGGCUUCGGCUGUGAGUUUAGUGGGGUCGUUACAGAGGUGGGCGAGAAUCUUCACGGAAAAUGGAAAGAGGGCGAUGAGGUCUUUGGAGUUUAUUAUCACCCAAACCUCGGGCACGGAACAGCACAGAGUUCCAUUGAAGUGACACCUUCUAAAGACGUUGUUCUCCACAAACCCUCCAACAUCGGGUUCGCUGCGGCCUCGGGAACCCUGUUCUGUCUGGGUGCGGCGUAUAACAUCCUGGACAGCCUAGAGUCCAAGGGCCAGCUCUCAGAGAAAGCCAACGUACUCAUUAAUGGCGGGACAACAAGUGUAGCGAUGUUUGCAAUUCAAUUAUUGAAAUAUCAUUAUCGAAUCCCCAACAAGCUGGUCCUACUGUGUUCGGAAUAUGGCGCGACCAUUUUGAAAUCUCACUUCCCCGACUUGUGCGAUGAAUUGAUCUUUGUCAAUUAUGUCAUGAGCGCGGGGCGCAUACACAAGCCUUUGCAAGAUAUGAUCAACAACCGGGAAACCAUAUCAUACGAUGCGGAAACAGGUCAACCUAUUUCGACGCCUUAUGACCAAGGUAAGUUCAGCAUCAUCCUCGACUUCAUUGGAGGUUACCAAUUGCUGGGUCACACAGAUGUUCUACUGGCGAAAAAUGGGGCGUAUGUUACGACCGUGGGAGACUACCGUGCUGACUACACCAAAGAUGUCUACAAUGCUUGGGACAAUCCCAGCGCCAAUGCGAGGAAAGUUUUUGGCAGACUGCUAUGGACUUUCGACUACACGCACUUCCAUUUUGAUCCCAACGCCAAGUACGUGAGCAAGAACGACUGGGCGGAGAAAUGUGUGGAACUUUUGGAAAGCGAAGUGGUGAAAUGCAUUGUGGACAAAGUCUACGACUGGAAAAACUUUCAAGAGGCCUUAGAUUACUUGAGAAAGGGUCACUCUCACGGAAAGGUGAUUCUCGAAGUGGAGAGGUUCUGA